CUUCGCCUCCCGCCUCCCGGUGCUGGCUGCGCCCGUCAUGGACGACUGUGCGGUUGUGUCGGACCCCGAGCUGGCCGCCCUUCUGCGCUAUUUCAUCCCGCACGGGAACGUCUUGGGUUGUAAUGACAAGUACUAUGAGGAGAGUUACCUGACCACCAGGACUUCCAGGGAGGCCGAUUCUGUGGGUACAUCCAAGGGCUUCCACCAGACGGUGACUUUGCUCUCAGAUGCUGACACCUUCCACCACCAGAUUCGAGAUGACAGUCUUUUGUCUUCUUCCGAAGAGGACAGAAAGGAUAGGGAACACCCUGUGUAAGGCUUGGUCAUUGCCUACCAGAGCAUCGCACACUACCGCCACAUUUCCAGCAUCUCCAAAAGCUCCCAGGACCUGUCCUAUUAUCCUACAUCCUCAUCCUCCUCUUCUUUAUCCUCAUCUUCAUGUUCCUGCCCUUCAUGUCUCACCCGAUACACCAUCCAGCCAGGAAAGCAGGCCCUUAGGGUCCCGCUCUGGAGCCAGCUGCUGCUUUUCCUGCUGUUAGUUGCCUUGCUGCCCUUUGUUUACUACAACUGGGAGCUUCAAGAGGGCAACCCCUUGUGGAUGGAGCCCUGAGGGUUUUCGGCUUCAGAGCCAUCUCUUCUCAGAAGUCCUGGCUGACUUCUUCAGCAGUGUUUGAUGGGGGUGAGGGUGUGGGUUUUUCGUGUGUUCUAGCUUCAGGAGGCUGGGCCUAGCCUGAGGCAGUGUUUGUUCUCCCUGCCUUGUCCUGCCAGGGAGGCAGCAGACUCAGGCCCUCCAGUGUAUGGUGGUCCUGGGCUUGCGUUCCUCUGGAGCCUCCUGUCCCUGGUUGCGUGUGACCCUUAAGGCCUGGGAGGUAAAGAACUCACUCCCAAGGAGAAUACGGUUGUUGUCAUGCAUGCCCCUUGCUCAUUGACACCUUGUUGGCCAAAGGCCUCCCUGACUUUGUU